AUGAGCUCGAACGACUUGUUCUCGUUUCUGGACGAGGCCCCUACCGAAGAUGUGCCCAUGGACGCGACAAAUGGUCAUCCAGACGGGCGGAAGCGCAAGGCAGAGUCUCCAGCACAAGCAAGAUCUCCUUCUCCAGCCGCUCAUAUCCAGGGAGCAGAUGGGGAACAAGAAGAAGGUCCUCCGAUGAAGAAGCCCAGGGUGGCUUCGCCAAAACCUAUGGUAGUGGACGAGGUCGAAAUUGAGGCGAGGCGAGAAGUUGCUGCGAGCGCGGGUCUGACAGGCAGCACGGAGGCUGGGUCCCGUCUUGAGCUUAAACAUCAGGUCCGGCAUCAAGUCGCGGUGCCUCCCGGAUAUCCAUACGUGCCAAUAGCAAACCAUGUACCCCCAGCGAAACCGGCACGGGAAUACAAGUUCGUCCUGGAUCCCUUUCAGCAAGUCUCGGUCCAUGCUAUCCAGAGGAAUGAGAGUGUCCUGGUCUCCGCCCAUACCAGUGCUGGAAAGACCGUUGUGGCGGAGUAUGCUAUCGCACAGUGUCUUCAAAACAAGCAGCGUGUCAUCUACACGAGUCCCAUCAAGGCUAGUAGUCGCGUCCCUGCUUUUCAGGCGUUGAGUAACCAGAAGUACCGUGAAAUGUUGGCUGAGUUCGGCGACGUCGGCCUGAUGACUGGAGACGUGACGAUCAACCCUUCAGCAACAUGUCUGGUCAUGACAACAGAGAUUCUACGAUCUAUGCUCUACCGCGGCUCCGAGAUCAUGCGUGAAGUGGCAUGGGUCAUUUUCGAUGAAAUUCACUACAUGCGAGACAAGGAGCGUGGUGUCGUCUGGGAGGAGACCAUCAUCCUUCUCCCACACUCCGUACGCUACGUUUUCCUGUCUGCUACGAUCCCAAACGCCAUGCAGUUCGCGGAGUGGAUUUGCAAGUCGCACGAACAACCCUGUCACGUCGUGUACACCGACUUCCGACCAACGCCACUGCAACACUACUUGUUCCCCGCGGGCGGCGAGGGCAUUUACCUGGUGCUAAAUGAGAAGGGCGAAUUCCGAGAGGAUAACUUCAGCAAGGCUAUGGGCAUGCUGCAGGAGAGACAGGGCGACGACCCGGCGGACCCGAAGAGUGGGAAGGGUCGCAAGGGGAAAUCGAAGAAGGGCGGCGAGAAGAAAGGCUCCUCGGACAUCCAGAAAAUCGUCAAGAUGAUCAUGCUGAAGAACUACAACCCCGUCAUCGUCUUCGCCUUCAGCAAGCGCGAGUGCGAGGGCCUCGCGCUGACGAUGUCCAAGAUGGAGUUCAACACGACGGACGAGCAGGACCUGGUCACGAACAUCUUCAACAACGCGAUCGACAACCUCGCGGAGGACGACCGCAAGCUCCCGCAAAUAUCGAACCUGCUGCCGCUCCUCAAGCGGGGCAUUGGCAUCCACCACGGAGGGCUCCUCCCCAUCUUGAAGGAGGUCAUAGAAAUCCUCUUUCAGGAGGGUCUCAUCAAGGUGCUCUUCGCGACGGAGACAUUCUCUAUCGGUCUCAACAUGCCCGCAAAGACGGUCGUCUUCACCGCCGCACGGAAAUUCGACGGACGCGAGUUCCGCAACCUGUCGUCCGGCGAGUACAUCCAGAUGUCCGGACGCGCGGGUCGGCGUGGCCUGGACGACCGCGGUGUUGUGAUCAUGAUGUGCGACGAAAAGCUCGAGCCAGCCGGAGCGAAGGAGAUGAUCAAGGGCGAGGCGGACCGCCUCGACUCCGCGUUCCACCUCGGCUACAACAUGGUGCUGAACCUGAUGAAGGUGGAGGGCAUCAGCCCCGAGUACAUGCUCGAGCGGUGUUUCUUCCAGUUCCAGAGCAGCAUGGGAGUGCCGCUGCUCGAAGACGAGCUUCGGCGUGAAGAAGAGCGGAAGCAGUCGAUAGUCGUCCCUGACGAGGAGCGCGUCGCGGAAUAUUACGAGUACCGCCAGCAGCUCGACCAGAUGGGCCAGGACUUCCGGGACGUCAUUACGCACCCAAGCUACAGCCUCCCGUUCUUCCAGCCCGGCCGCCUGGCGCACAUCAAGUAUAAAGACGUCGACUUCGGUUGGGGCGCUAUCGUCAACUAUCAGAAGCGCCUGCCGGCGAAGAACGUGCCCGUCGCGGGAUUGGACGACGUCCCCCCGCACGAACAGUACAUCCUUGACGUCGUGCUCAGUUGUGCCGAGAGUUCGUCAUUGCCGAAGGACCGGAACAUCACCGUUGCGACCCCCGGUGGAGUACAGCCGUGUAUGAAGGGCCAGAAGGGCACCCCGCUCGUUGUCCCUGUGUUCCUCUCGACUGUGAAAGCGAUCAGCCGCUUGCGUAUCAGCCUCCCGAAAGACUUACGCCCUGUCAACGCCCGUGAAACCGUGCAGAAGACCGUGCAAGAGGUGCAGCGUCGCUUCCCCGAUGGCGUCCCUCUGCUCGAUCCCGUACAGGACAUGGAGAUCAAGGACGACAAGUUCAAGGCGCUCGUUAAGAAGAUCGACCUCAUGGAGAGCAAGCUAGUCUCGUCGCCUCUGCACAAGGACUCACGUCUCCCUGAGUUGUACACGGCGUACAAGCGCAAGCAGGAGUGCCAGACAACGAUCCGCGAGCUCAAGAAGCGGAUACAGGCCACAAAUGACGUGCUUCAGAUGGAGGAGCUCAAAUGCAGGAAACGCGUGCUUCGGCGACUGGGCUUUACGACGAGCGCCGAUAUUGUCGAUAUGAAAGGACGAGUUGCUUGCGAGAUCAGUACAGGCGACGAGUUGCUAUUGACAGAGCUGAUCUUCAACGGUGUCUUCAACUCGUUGAGCCCAGAGCAAUGCGCAGGACUCUUGAGCUGCUUCGUGUUCACGGAGAAGAGCGAACAAGUCACCAAGCUCAAGGAGGAGCUGGCCGCCCCUCUGCGUGUCAUGCAAGAGAUUGCACGGCGAAUCGCCAAGGUGUCCAAAGAGUCGAAGUUACCGAUCAACGAAGACGAUUACGUCAAGUCGUUCAAGGUUGAGCUUAUGGACUCCGUCGUGCAAUGGUGCCGCGGUGCAUCCUUCGCCGAUAUCUGCAAGCUCACGGACCAGUUCGAAGGGUCGCUCAUCCGUGUGUUCCGACGCCUCCAGGAGUUAAUCCGACAGAUGGCCCAGGCAGCGAAGGUCAUUGGGAACAGCGAGCUGCAAGAAAAGUUUGAGAAGGCGAGCGAGAUGCUCGAGCGGCCGAACUCGGUCAUCUUCUGCUCGUCGCUGUACCUCUAG